GAAACUACCUCAGAAUUCCCCACAUUCAAACUUAAGAAGAAAACAAAGAAAAAGUUCAUUUUCAUUUACUAUUGUGGCGAAAAUGGGUUCCACAAUUAAAAACAAUGGUGUUUUUGUUGUAAUAAUAGUAUUCUUGCCUGCAUUAAGCUUUUGCUUAGAAGAGCCUAUCUUUCAAUCCAAGGCAACCUAUUAUUAUGCUACUGAUGGGCUUGGAACUCCAAAGGGAGGAUGUGGAUAUGGUGAAUAUGGAAGAACCAUAAACGAUGGAAAUGCAGCCGUUGUUACAUCUUCGAAACUAUACAAGGGUGGAGCUAGUUGUGGUGCAUGCUACAAUGUCAAGUGCAAGGAGGCGGUGUGCGACGACGGCGGAGUGGUGGUGAUGGUGACGGACUACGGUGCAUCCGACGGCGAAACCGACUUUAUCUUAAGUACUCAUGCAUUCAAUAAAAUGGCAUUGCCUAAUUAUGAGAAAGAUUUAAGGGAUUAUGGUAAAGUUGAGAUUGAAUACCAAAGAGUGGCUUGCAAAUUUCCUCGUAAAACCCUAACGGUUAAGGUUGUUGAACAUAGCCGUUUUCCUUCCUAUUUGGCUUUUGAGUUCUUGUACCAAUCUGGAGAUGCUGAUAUCACUGCUGUUGAAUUGUUUGAGGAUGAUACACUAGAGUGGAAGAGUUGCCGAAGAGCCUACGGAGCAGUAUGGGACAUUGCAAAUCCACCAAGAGGUCCAUUAACAGUAAGAUUCUUCUUGGAUGGAAGUGUAAGUGUUAGAGCAAGAUGGGUUUUGGUGCCCAAAGUCAUCCCUACUUUCUGGCAAUCUGGUGUUACUUAUGGCACUUCAAUUCAUCUUCACUAAUUAAUCCAUUUUUAUUAUUAUGUUAAUUAGAUUCUUAAUUAUUAAGGUCAUGCGCGAUUUUGUGGAUUAAUCCUACUUAAUUAAGACCUCGAAUGUAGAAAUUACAAGUUUUUUUUGUUACUUAUUUAAAUGCCAUAAAUGGCUUCUUUAAUAUUUUUUUUUUUGACAUAGGAAUGGCUUCUUUAAUUUGGUGUUAAUUAAGAGUGAGAGUUGAGCUUGAUUAUAUUCUAGUUAUUAUUGGGAAAUAUUUGUAUUUUCCUUUGCUUUUUUUUUUUUGGAUUGAACUUUCUAAUUUUGUUUGAAUUUGGGAUGUAAUAAUUAUGUACUCGUAUCAAUAUUUCUUCAUUUUUUUUAGUAAUUUGAUUUGAUUUGCAAUUCUCAAGCAAAGGGAACGAAAAUAAUAAUACGAGACGUGAAACACAUAA